AUGAGGGACUCGGGCAUCUGGGACCCCCCUAUGAGGGACCCAGCCGCCGAUCAGACCCCGCCUGACCUGGCCCGCGAGCGCUCCAAGGCCGUCACCUCCUUCUACCACCAGCCUGCCAUCGACAUCGCUGCCGAGAAGCCCUCGGUGCGUUUGACCCCCACCACCAUGUUGUACUCGGGGCGCUCGCAGGACGGCAGCCACAUCCUGAAGAGCGCCCGCUAUCUCCAGCAAGAGCUGCCGGUGCGGAUCGCCCACCGCAUCAAGGGCUUCCGUAGCCUGCCCUUCAUCAUCGGCUGCAACCCCACCAUCCUCCACGUGGUGCGUCCUCUGGGGGGGACCCUGGCGUCCUGGGGGGGACCCUGGCGGCUGUGCGAGCACCAGUACGGGAACGCGCCACGGGUGCGCAUCAACGGGCACGUGGCGGCGCGGUUCCCCUUCAUCCCCCUGCCCCUCGACUACGUCCUGCCCGAGCUGCUCAAGAACGCCAUGAGGGAGGUCAAGGUGCUCCUGGAGAACCCCCCAUGGUGGACGUUCAUCAUCAUGGAGGUCAAGGUGGACCUGAAGACCCCCCCUGUUGGACGUUGA